AUGUCUGCCUCUGUUUCUAGGGCUGUCUUGUGGACGACGCGAUCCAGCAGCAGCAUACUGGCGAAGGCGAUCCUCGAUAUCUUCAUCACCUCCAGCAGGCCAAGAGCGUCUUUGAUCGAAUGCCCGAGUGGAGGCCGCGAUCAUCUCUUGGAACUCAAUGCUGGCGGGGCUGGGAUCCAACGGGGAGGUCGCAGGACGUUUGAACUGCGAGCCGGAGGAGAGCUCCGAGAUGAUCGCGGCCUACGCUCGCCACGGGAGCUUCUCUCGAGCUCUGAGCCUGAUCAAGCGGAUGGACUUGGAAGGCUAGCCUCCAAACCGCGUGGAUCACCAUCCUCGACUGGUGAUCCCCGCCAUGGAAGGCUGCUUCACGAAGAACUGGAGCUCUCGCUUGAUCUCUGCUCGGACGCAGACUUGAGCCAUCAACAUGUAUGGGAAAUGCCACAGCUUGGAAGACGCUUGCGAGUCCUUCGAGAAGAGCACUGUGUGUCGAGCGCGGCGGAGAUCUUCUCGCAGUACCGAGCCUGGGAGUGGAGUUUGGUGCUCUGCACGACCAUGGUGGCGGGCUUUGCUCGAAACGGACAUGGCCGACGAGCUCACGAGCUGUUUGAGUUGACUGAGAGUCAAGGACUAGAACUGGACGUUGUCAGCUUCACCACCAUUCUUGCUGCGUGCAGCGCUGCCGGGCUGCUCCACGAUGGUCGCGGGUACUUUGUUUCCAUGAGAGGGGACUAUGCUCUCGCUGCCACCAUGGAUCACUACGUUUGCGUGAUCGAUCUGCUAGCAAGAUCUGGCCGAGUUGACUAG